AUGUUGCCGUGGCUGAUGACAGCGUGUAUCUACCCGUGUGUUGUAGGACCGGAUUUCUGGGGUUUGGUGAACCGCGACUGGCGAAUGUGUACUGCCGGUCAGAUGCAGAGCCCUGUGAACAUCGAUCCAGCUCAACUACUCUUCGACCCGCAUCUUGGACGAAUAUCGAUUGACGACGUACACGUGGAAGCAACAUUCGAAAAUAUUGGUCAAUUGCCAAUAAUCACUAUUGACGAUGCACUGUCUAGAACAUCGGUGAACAUCACUGGUGGACCAGCGCUGCCGUACAGAUAUCGACUUCAUCAGAUUUCCAUUCACUUUGGCCAACCCGACGGUGAGAGGGGUUCUGAACAUACGGUUGAUCGUGUUCGAUUUCCAGCUGAGGUCCAAUUGUUAGCUUACAAUAUCGAUUUGUACGCAAACUAUAGCCAAGCAGUUACACAACCACGAGGAUUGUUGGCAAUUUCCGUUAUUGUUGACAUUGGUAGCACUACAGAAGUGGCCUUACGACGAUUAACUGUUGCAUCACAAAGUAUCACGUAUAAAGGCAUGCGAACGGCUCUUCGACAACUACAUCCAGCCGGUUUGCUACCGCGUACCGCUCAUUAUGUCACAUACGAAGGUUCUUUGACAAUUCCUGGUUGUCAUGAGACAGUGACGUGGAUAAUAAUGAACAAUCCUAUUUAUAUCACAAGAGAUGAUUUACAAAUAUGGAAUGAACUACAAAAAACCGAAAGUAAACAACCUGAUCCAGCUUAUAUGAUGCCUGUGUAUCGACCGCUGAAAGCUCUGAAUGGUCGACUGCUAAGAACAAACAUAAAUCUUAGCUACAAGCAAAUAUCAUCACCAUCGUGUUCAUCGAACAUCUACACGGAAAUGGGCUAUCGAUCGAAUCCAGCAAGAUCGCUUUACAAUCAAUCAAUAACAAGACGAAGUGAUGACGUUUUCGAAUUGGAAAACAGAGAGCCGACUGAGAAUUUUGAGAGCGUAGAAUCCGUAUAA